GGCAUGAACAACCCCUUCCGUCUCGACAAGGAGCGGAAGAAGCGGAAGAGCUUUGGCCUGGGUUACAACACAGCCAAAAGCCUCAUGGCUCUCAAACCCGACCUGCCCAUCGAGCCGGAGUACAUCAACCCUGGGAGCAGCGACUCCGGCAACGGUGGGCUCAUGCGCUUGGCUCCAGUGGCCAUCUUCUACAACCUGCCAGAGCGGGUGGAGGAAACGCUGGAUGCGGCUGCCAAGUCCAGCUUAGCCACCCACCCAGGCGCGCUUGCAACGGAGACUGCCCGGUUUCUGGCCUUCCUCCUGCACGCCGCCAUCAACCGAGCGGAGGACGCCAGUGCCCGAGAUUUCCUGGUUCAGAGCUCCGGCGCCUACGUGGUGCGCCUGGAUCACCGCCUCAAAGCCACCGAGGACGAAGAGGUCCGAGCGGCGCUUUUGGAGCUGCGGGCCUUGGCGAGCUCCUCCAAGGAGGGAGAUCUUGAGCGUUGCUGGAACUGGCAGCAGCCCAGUUUGGAGCUGCUUGCAACCUUCAGGGCCCGGGGCGAGAAGUACAACGGCCAUCCCGUGUCGCGGUGCUAUGCUGGAAGCUAUUGCAUGGAUGGCUUGGCCAUGGCGAUGCAUGCAGUGGCGACCACCGACUGCUUCCACCGGGCCGUGGAGAAGGCGGUCAACUUCUUGGGCGACGCAGAUACCGUUGGCGCCAUUGCAGGCCAGAUCGCCGGCGCCUUCUACGGUAUUGAGGGAAUCGACCCCCGCAGGGAGGCCUGGCAUUGA